AUCCCUAAUCAGAGGAGAACAAAUUCCAUUAAUGAAAUGUUAAUGAUUUCUUUUAUUUGUAUAAAUAUUAAAGAAGUCAUAUAUAAUUCAAUUUAUUACUUUGGAUGAUCAUCAAUAGGAUUAAUAUUUAUUCGACCUUAUGGUGAUGUAAAGGGGUACGAGAUAUUUUACGCAGUGUUGUGAAAAUUUUCCAGAUCUAAGUGAACGAGAAAAGGAGAACAAGACAAAAGUAAAAGGCAACAAGAAGGCUGGUUGAUGAGCAGUGGCGCAUUGACUCCACUGUUGAAUAAAAGCAAUUUACCGCAAUGGAAGAGAAACGAAUUGCUGAUUAUUUUGUAGUAGCUGGUAUGCCAGAACAUCCGCAGUUGUUACAGGAAAACAUUUUUAGUGAAUCGGGUCAUUUGAGAGCAGCUAACACCAUAGAGCCAAUUACAGAUAUUGGUGUAUACUUUCCCUUGCUUGAUGAAGAAGUGCCCGACGGCUAUGAAGUACUGGAGACAACACCAACAGGACUGCCAGCGAAUCUUAACCAUGGUUCAAUGCGCACAACGGAAUGUUACAUUUAUUAUAGGCGUGGUAAAGAUCGACCGCCUUUGGUAGAUAUAGGUGUUUUGUACGAUGGCCAAGAGCGCAUAAUGUCGGAUGCCGAGAUAGUCACAGAGACGCCUGGUGGUCGCAUAGCAAAUGUUAACAAUUCUUCUUCGAAAAUUUUUCUUACGUACCGUCGAGCACGACCUGAUAUGCCCUGCAAUGAGCUCGUCGUCACUGAUUUGUGUGUUAUCGUGCAAAGCAAAGGAGAAAAGCCGCCGCACGCAUUUUGCCUUAUUUAUAAAACGCUUAAUAAGGGUUACAUGGGAAGCGAUGUAUAUUUAUGCUACAAAAAAUCGAUGUACCGUCCAAGAUUGAUCAGUUACCAGCCAGAAAUACUAUUGCGGUAUCCAACAGUAGAUCACAAUGAUUUCCCCUUAAAUUUAUGCCCAAGUGUGCCGCUAUUUUGCCUGCCAAUGGGUGCUUCUUUAGAGGCCUGGCCGCAUGUAAGCGAUGGAGAGAAACGAAAACCUAUCAGUCCAGUGUUUAGUACUUUUGUGUUGACUGUCAAUGACGGUUCUUAUAAAGUAUAUGGUUCCGCGCUAACAUUCUAUGAGGAUUUUGAGGAAAGUGAAUUGACUGCAAAGCAGCGUGAAUUACUGUGCUGGGAUGAGGCGUUUGCAAAACAUAAUUCAUUGCAUAUAAUUAAAUCUAUAUGCCUUUUAUCGCACUAUCCAUUCGGAGAUACUUUCGACCGAUGGCUUCGUUACCUGCAACGCUUAGCAGUGCGUGGUGUAGAUUUACCUGUUCCCAUCGAACGCUAUAUAACUCAGUUGCUCGAUGAAGUACCGUUUCCAGCGCCUAGCAUACACUUACAACUCUCUAGCGAGUCCAAUGACCGCAUUCUGCUUACGCAACCAGAAGACUCGCCUUUGCCACGUAGCGGUGCUGGUUUCCACAUGUUGCUACAGAAUUUGGGUACUGAUAAUUGUUUACAUGUCUUGCUGCUGGCGUUAACGGAGCAAAAACUUUUGAUACACUCAUUACGACCCGCUACGUUAACUGCAGUUGGAGAAGCUAUUGUAUCGCUGUUAUUUCCCUUUAAAUGGCAGUGUCCGUACAUUCCACUAUGCCCACUAGGCUUGGCGGAAGUCUUACACGCGCCUUUGCCCUAUUUGAUUGGAGUUGAUUCCCGAUUCUUUGAUUUGUACGAGCCUCCGCAAGAUGUUACUUGCAUUGACUUGGAUACAAACACAAUCAGCUUGUGUGAAUCACAAAGGCAUUUAACGAUAAAACUGUUGCCUAAACGUGCUGCGCGUUUCUUGCGACAAAGUCUUAACGAAUUGGAAGGUCUGAAAACUACACACAUCGAAUCAACAAACAGCCUUGAUAGGGAUCUUAGAAAGCGAAAACGCGAGCAAGAUCUCGAACAACGAAUUCAAGAGGCCUUUUUACUGUUUAUGGCAUCAAUUUUACGCGGUUAUCGCGAUUAUUUGACGCCUAUAUCGAAGGCGCCCUCUGUUGGCGCCACAGAUCCGAGUGCCUUAUUUCAACUGAAGGCCUUCUUGCGAUCGCGCGAUAAGGCGCAUCAGAAAUUUUUUGAGCUUCUCAUGAAAACUCAAAUGUUUAUACGUUUUAUUGAAGAACGUUCUUUUGUAUCGGAUGGUGAUCAUGGGCUUACAUUUUUCGAUGAAUGUGCCGAGAAGGUGGGCGCAUAUGAUGACACACCGUCCGACUUGCGUUUAGUUGAUUGGGAGUCUGGGCAGAAUAGCGAACGUACCAAGUACAUAUUCCCACCUGACAGUGUAGGGCCCAAACAAGUAGAUAAUUCUGGCGUGGUUUAUAACUAUGCAAAAUUCACACUAAAUCCAAGUCUUUUGAAGUCGUCGAAGAAGACUGCGCUGACGAACUUUUUGCAGCAGCAGUUAAAUGGCUCUCUAGCGCCUGGAUCGCCGAUAGCCCGCCGCACAAAACAUGAAAUUAAACUCUCGCAUAAGAUGGCACGUCGUUGUCAGAUGCAUCCCGAAGCAUGGUCCAAAUAUCUGCUAGCGACUUGUUAUUCGCUUUAUUUCCUCAUACUCCCGUCCAUGGUAAACGACACGCAUCAAGCGGGAAAAGAGCAUGACAUUUUGCGCGCCGCGUAUAACAUGCUGGUGCGCGCCUCCAAACUUAAAAUCACCUGUGAUGAAUUUUGUUACCGUAUCAUGAUGCAAUUGUGUGGGAUACAUAAUUUACCCGUGCUGGCAGUGCGUCUUCAUUAUCUCAUGAAACGUUCGGGUGUACAGCCCAAUGCACUCACAUACGGCUUCUACAAUCGCUGCGUACUUGAGUCGGAAUGGCCCAGUGAUAGCACGACGCUUAGCCAGCUACGUUGGAAUCGGAUUAAAAAUGUUGUACUUGGUGCAGCGCAUUUUAGACGCGCGGGUAAAAGAUAUGCAGCUAAGAAACCACUUUCAGCUUCAUGCGAAAAUAACCUCAGCACAUUAGAAACAGUUGAUGGCACGUCGCGCACCAGCCUCGAUUCAUCAACGUCUUCGCAUAUGGAUCGAGGCGCUGGUGAUGCUCACACAUACGGCGCGAACCUGCUGGAUUUUUCAGCAUUCGACAAACUGCGUGGAAAAUUGGGAAGCAUUGUGCGUCAAUCAGCGAUGGCAGUAAGUGCACAAGACCCUGGUGGCGAUGUUAUUAGUUCCACUGCGGGACUUCUGAUAUCUGGGGACAGCAAGUCCAACGGAGGCGGCGAAAAAUCGGGGAGCGAAAAAGGCGCCCCACCUACAUCCACAUCUUCGCCACACACACCCAUUAGUCCACACAGUCCCAGUUGUGAUCUGACCGCUGUUGGCGCAGGUGGUAAACUACAAUUAGCGAAGACAGAGAGUUUCGGAGGUGAUGCGCAACUGCUGAAUAAAUUACAACGCAAACAAUCGCUGCCUACCGAAACAAUUGGGCAUCGAUAUAAAAUAAUGAAUAUUGGCGAUGGGGAAGAUGACACAGCCGAUGAAGAGGCGUUAAAAGAAGAUGAAAUGGAGCAAGAAAUUGCCAGUUCACAGGAGGAGUUGGACUACGUGGUGGCGGGUUCAGACAUAAAUUCAGCGCAUGCCCAAGCGCAGCUUUUACAGAGCCCCACGAAAAUAUCGCCACGUACACCGGUAACACAAAAUGAUCCUCUAGGUGCUCUAAACGAGGAGCUUCAAGAUCAAAGUACGCCUACAAAUACCGUACACACCAAAGAGACAGCAAGUGAACAACACGGCGAAUCAAAUAAUAGCACCAUGUUUACCGAUAAACCAAUUUUAUUCAAAGGACAACGAAGUGCAACCUUCGACGAAUCCACCCAAUUGAACAAAAGUAUGCAACGGUCAGAAACAAUGCCUGGAUCCAGUGUGGCAUCGAGCUUAGCCAAUUUUGGCUCGUCUUUGAAAUUCAAUUUCGGACGUUAUUCACCUGCACGAUUCUCAUUUAAGAAAGACAGUUUCAAGCCCACCAUUAUUAUAGAAAAUAUUUCCAAUAUAAGUCCCAGUUUAACGGGUAAAAAAUCGAAUGAGAUCAUUCAAGGUAGCCUGAGUAGCAUAAAAUAUGCGGCUAAUUCGCUGACUCGAAAAUUUGAUGAGAUUAAAGGCGCGCUCUCAGCCCAAACGACACCGGUGAAAACACCCGGCAGUGUUGGGAAUACUGAGACUGGUGAUGAGGAUGUAAUUACCCACGAAGAUGGCAUGCUGAAAAUGCGCCGCGUCUCCAGUGACUUGGAUCCAUGGGGACGUCUGAGUGAAUCGCGCAAGUCAAGCUACAAUAAUUUAGUACCGUUGGGUGAAAAUACCUCGGCUUUGAAUUUGAGCGCAUUUCCCGUGCUGCCAGAAAAUUUGUACUCACCCAUAGCGGAUUUAGAGGAACGUCCCGAGUGUGAUGUACUCAUACAAAUUACCUCCUGUUCGCAAUGCCACAACUGUUCGGUGCUGUUGUAUGAUGAGGACAUUAUGUCCGGUUGGUCAGCGGAGGACUCUAACUUGAAUACAACCUGCCACGCAUGCUAUAAAUUAACCGUGCCAUUCCUGAGUGUACAAAUUGUUGUCGACGAUUCCUUGAAGGCGCUCAAACAAUCAGACAGCCUGACAAUUCCCUAUCUAAAUCCGUUGGUUUUGCGGAAAGAGCUCGAGAACAUACUUACUCAGGAAGGUGAUAUUGCGCUAGUAAAACCUUCGUUUGUGGAGGAACAUCCCAUUAUUUACUGGAAUUUACUAUGGAUUAUGGAGCGCAUAGAGAGUAAAACUCAUCUGCCUGAGCUUUGUCUACCAGUGGCGCCUGACGAGGAAUGUGACCCACUCAGCAAAGUAAAAACUGUGAACAUCCAAUGUCUAUGGGAUAAUUUACGAUUGCACAGUGAAGCCGGACCACCCAUGUACAUUUUGUACAAACAAAAUCAGCCAGCCAGUCCACUUCUAAAGGCGUUGCUUACCGACCAAGCGCAUUUGAACAAGAACGUUAUUCAACAAAUCAUUUCGUCAAUACGCUGCAAUGACCUCUCAACGCCCAUCAAACGUUUGGCUAAUGAACGGCACAAGUUAAAAAAUAACGGCGUCGAUCGAACACACUCCAUCUACCGCGAUAUACUCUUUCUAGCGCUUACGGCCAUCGGUCGUUCCAAUGUCGAUUUGGCCACAUUCCAUCGCGAAUAUGCCGCGGUCUUUGACAAGCUCACCGAAAAGGAAUGUAAAAUGUUCUAUCGUAAUCAGGAUUUACCUCCCUCAGCAGCAAGAAUUUUCUGUCGAGCUUAUUUUAAACCGUUAUUACUUCCUUGACGUGAUAUCAAUUUUUUGCGGCAUGACUUUCACAUCAAUACAAAAGCGAAUACAAUUGAUCGCGUUGCGGCUGAAGCGUUAAGUGAUGUUGCAGAUGCUACGUAAUUCAUAAUCAUACAACGUUUUGUGGAAAGUUAAGAGAAGGCGCUGAAGGGUAAAAAGAGCAUGUAGUAUCAGUUGACGCAGUGGAGCUAUGAUGAGAACGGCAAUGUUAUAUAUGUAUGUACAUUUGUGCAUAUGUAUAUAAGAAACACAAUGGAGUAUUAUGUCUUAAGGGGUUAAACAAAAUUUAACGAUUCGUAUUAACAUUUCAAACUUAUUAUGUUUGUAUAAAGUUGUGUGUGUAUGUGUGGAUGCCUGUGUGCCUCAGUAUUAUACGAAUCACUCAAAAACAAUAAGAAAUAUUUCGUUUGUGCUUUAACGUACCUUACUGUAUACGUUAAAGGUGUUCUUACACGAUAUGUAUUUGCAUGUGUAUAUACAUGUAAUUUUUUACAUAUCGUCGCCUGGGUAAAA